AUUCUGUACAUUCUAAAUAAUUUAAAUAUUUGGUUUCAUUUUUAUUUCAGUACUACAGCAUCAAAUAAGGAAGUUGAGGUUAAAUGUUAAAAUUGCAUAAAUAUAUAUAGUCCAUCAGGAAAAGAUAACUCAUCUUAAGGUCAAUCGGCUGUAAUAGAAACAAAGAAAACUGUUUGGGCAGCAGAGGGAGACCAGGCUUCUCUGAGCUGUCGGCUCACUGAGGAUAAAAAUGUUCUCCAGAUCACCUGGCAGAAAGUUCUGCCUGGCAGAGAGAGGAACCUCACCACUUAUACCAAGAAGUUUGGUUCUAGAGUGAGUUCUGAUCUGAAGGAGAAGAUGGAUUUUCAGUACGAAUCUCUGCAGAGCUGCUCCAUGGUGAUCAGGAAGGCGACGCAUCAGGAUGAAGGCUGCUACCGCUGUUUGUUUAACACCUAUCCUAAAGGAGCGCUGAUAGGCUGGACCUGUUUAAAACUCUAUGAGCUGCAUGGACCCUUCAUUAACGUCAGCAGAUCAAACUCUCCUCCAGGGUCGGUGGUGACCUGUUCAGCCACAGGUCGAUCUGUUCCCAUAGUAACGCUGACUGUUCUCCAUCAGAACCUCAGCUUCUCCCAAUACAACACCAGCAGAGAGACCAACACCAACGGUACCGUCACCUUCACCACUACAGCUCUGCUCUCGGCCCUCAAUACCACACAGGUUGAAUGUUCAGUGUCAGUGCAAACUGAUGCUCUCAGAGAGCUGCUGGUCAUCGUUCCUGGACUCACAGAUUUGUCUGAUGAUGAAGACUUUGAGUCUGAUGACAAGGACGUAGGACGGCCUGUAGCUGUUGCAGUGGGAUUACUUGUGUUUCUCUCUGGAACUUUAGGGAUUUUAUCCAUGUUGUGGGUCAUAAAAACACAUCAGAACAGGAUGAAGAAAAACCCUACAGAACAAACCAGAAAUAAUCAGUCUGAAGAGUAUCCGAUACCUGAAAAGGACGAGAAACAGCCAGUUUUCCUGAUUAACAGACAAAGUAGCAAGCAGCAAUCACCUACAACUCCAACAAUACCUGAUAUAGAAAGCUGUCCACCCGAGGGCAUGAAACUACAUCAAAAACUAAUCGCCAAGAAAUCUAACUAACAUAACAAACCACUUGACUUGUAUUUCAAUGUUUAAUGCAAGAUGUUUUCUCACUUCCUGAAAAGUUGCUCUUUUAGAGAUCGAUUGUUUCUGUCUGUCAGCAGCCAUGUUCCCUCUUUAACUGUUGGCUUCAUUGAAGCUCAUCCACGUUUCCUGCAUGUAGUCAAUAAUUAUGGAGCAAAAACACUCACAGUAGAAAAAAACCCAAACACAAUUUAUUCUUUUUGCGAUUAUGUACACUACAUGCUAACUGGAGCUCUGUAGUUACAAUAGAGGUGGCUCUAAAAACUAUUGGAUAAAAAAAACAAAACAUUGUUCUCUAUAGUUUUGUUUUGCUACUGUGACAUAAGGAGCCAUCUUAAAUAAUGUCCGGAGAAGCUAAAAAAGCCUUUAUUAUUAGUGUAUGUCUGUAUUUUUAGUAUUUUGAACACAGUUGAGUUCGUCAGUUUUUAUAUAUAUGUAUAUGUGUAAAGAGAGAGACCAUUUGUGUUCAAAUACGGUGUUUAUUGUUUUCCUUAAAUUUAAAUGGAAAGGCAUACGAUUUUACAAAUGUACAGUUUUUAUAUGAACAUACGGAGAUACAGAGAGUAAGUUUGUUUUUCCUACUUUUUAAUAAUUCUUUGCAAUACAUUAGAUACAGAAACGGAAAGCCUGUUUAUUUAGUUAAAUAGCGGCACGUGUUAAAUUUUGCACAAGAGAAAUGCAAGUUUUAAAUGAGCCGAGUGAACAACCUUUACCUCAUUACUGCUAUAAGCAAAACAGACUUUGAGUUUCUUGCAUUAUGGAGAAAAAAAAACUGCAACAGCAGGAUUUGAUAUAUUUAUAUUUUUUAAAUAAUAGAUGAAGACAAUUUUUCAUCUCCAAAUUAAAACGUUUUUUGCUACUUUGUGAACAUUUUAAGCAAAAAAUAAAUAAGUGGAAAUUCC